CGUCAAUGUCUUUCAAGUGUUGCGUGGAGCGCUUGUUCGCCUGCUACACGUGUCAGCCCACCGUAUGCUCGUGUCGUAUUGUCGUGCUAGUGUAAUAUCAGCAGUUUAAUUUAAAUUCUACUUUUCCCUCUGUGCACUUGGGCGUCUACAAUGGCUGAACACACUGUCGAAGAGAACGGUGGCAUCGCAGCUGUUCCAGCAAAAGUGAACUUGGUUACGAGAAACCUCCAAGAAGUGCUCGGUGAAGCUCGAAUGAAUGAAAUCAUGAAGGAACGAGAUCUGAAAAUCUACUGGGGCACAGCAACUACUGGCAAGCCUCACGUUGCCUAUUUCGUUCCGAUGUCGAAGAUCGCCGACUUCUUGAAAGCGGGUUGUGAGGUAACCAUUCUCUUUGCAGAUUUGCAUGCAUACUUGGAUAACAUGAAAGCUCCUUGGGGUUUACUCGAACUCCGGACGCAGUACUACGAGCACGUAAUCAAAGCGAUGCUCAAGUCCAUUGGCGUGCCUUUGGAGAAGCUCAAGUUUGUGAAGGGCUCCACGUACCAAUUGAGCAAAGAGUUCUCUAUGGAUGUCUAUCGUCUGGUGUCUUUGGUGACUGAACAUGACGCUAAGAAGGCUGGGGCCGAAGUUGUGAAGCAGGUCGAGCACCCUCUCCUUAGUAGUAUGCUCUAUCCAUUAUUGCAAGCCUUAGAUGAGGAGUACUUGCAUGUCGAUGCACAGUUCGGCGGUGUUGACCAGCGCAAGAUUUUCACGUUCGCCGAGAAGUACUUACCUCAGCUGGGUUACGAAAAACGUAUUCAUCUAAUGAACCCUAUGGUGCCUGGGCUGUCGGGCGGUAAAAUGAGUUCGUCGGAGGAAGAUUCCAAGAUCGACUUGCUGGACACCCCAGCAGCCGUGAAAAAGAAACUCAAGAAGGCUUUCUGCGAACCAGGAAACCUGGAGGACAACGGUGUUCUUGCCUUUGUGAAGCAUGUGCUUGUGCCUCUUCAGAAAGGCACUGAUUUGGUAAUUGAGCGCGACGAGGCGCACGGUGGUAACGUAGUGUACUCGAGCUACGAACAGCUGGAGGAUGAUUUCAAGAACCUCAAGCUACACCCAGGUGAUUUGAAAGCCAUGGUCGAAGUACAGCUGAAUCGGCUGCUUGAUCCAAUCAGAGAAGCCUUCAGUGAUCCGAGGCUUCAGAAGCUGACUGCCGAUGCUUAUCCACCUCCAACAAAAGCAGUUUUUGAUGAAGUUACCCCGCAGCGCCUCGACUUGAGGGUUGGCCGUAUCGUGGAAGUUAACGACCAUCCAGAUGCAGAUGCACUUUACGUGUCUCGUGUUGACCUGGCUGAACCUACUGGCCCCCGUACAGUUGUCAGUGGCCUACGAAACUUGGUACCCAAGGAGGCACUUCUCAACCAGAACGUUGUUCUGCUGUGCAACUUGAAGCCAUCUAAGAUGCGAGGUGUGGAAUCGCAAGCAAUGGUGCUCUGCGCAUCUGUACAGGAGCCACGGCAAGUUGAGCCCCUAAAACCACCCAGCAACUGCAGUCCAGGAGACCGAGUAUUCAUUGAAGGUUACGAGGAUGCCAGCAUCCAGCCAGACAGCCAACUAAACCCAAAAAAGAAGAUUUGGGAGAAGCUGCAGGUGGACAUGAAGGUUUCCACAUCACUUGUAGCCGAGUGGAGUGGUUGUGCAUUUAUUGUGAAUGGCCAACCUGUCACAUGUGCUUCGCUAAAGGGAGCACCUAUUAAAUAAGAGUUCUUUGCCUUCUAAGGCAAUACAAUAACUUAUAUGUCCUAUACAUAAGUCGAUCGUAUUUGUGUGCAAUGCACAUUUUUACGAUUAUAAAAAUGAAAGAAUGCCAUGAAAAUUUACUUUACUGGCGUCCAUUUAUUUCAAUGAGUAAAAUUGGAGAUCAGUUGCAGCGAUUCUCUUAGCCAUGAUAGUGUUGAUAUUUAAGGUCAGCAAUAAUAACUAUGAAGUUAUUUUGUUUCAUUGUUUUCACAGCACCUGGGAACUAUACCAAAGGAGUGUACAUGUAUGCAUAUUAUUGAAAUUUUGUACCCAUUACUGCUCUACAAGCCACAUAUUUUUACAUGUAUUUUGUAUGAAAAUAUGUGUGCUCUCAACAGUGCACAUGUGACUUGGAAGGACUUCAUUAAUAAAGUGGCAUACUCCCAGGAACUGUUGAUUCUCAGCUGAUAAUUGGUGCUCAGGGAAUGAGGAAUAGUGUUUUGCAUUUUUUUGUGCCUAGGUAUGUAUUCCAUUGUACAGGAAGCUAAUGUAUAAUGUAUGUGGUAUCGUGCACUUGGGAACAAAACGUGGACAGUUUCCUGGCUUUAUAUCAGUUGCUCUAUUCUGGUUGUGCAGUUUUUCUUCAGGGGACAGUAAAGGUAAGCAUGAAUUCAAGUGGCAGAAUGGUGUAUUAAAAUUUUGGAAAGUGUCACAUUUACUGUAGAAAAGGCUUGCUAUGAAUCAACAGAGCACAACCUUGUAGAUUGCUAGUACAACCUGGACACCUGAUCAUGGCAGCAUCAAUGAAGUCCAUUGCAACAAGUGUUCUCAGUUCAGAGUGUAAUAGAGGGCACAUAACCAGUGCUUUAACUACUGUUUUUUUUUUUUUUGUCAUUGUGCUGUUGACUUUGUUUCUGGUUAUCGUCGACUCGCCAACAGCGGCAGAUAAUGGAGGAUGCUCUGUUAUAAUGUUUCAACGUCCUGUUUACCACUGGUGAUUUGAAUUGAGGAAGUGCAGUGUAGUCACUUGAGUCGCGAUUUUUUCUGCAACUAAAUAUUGGCACAGAACAAAUAAAUGUCUCAGUUUCUGUAGUGUAACACAACAGAAUAGAUUCAUUCAUUGCUUGUUUCAGUGUGCACUUAAGUGUGCUUUCUUGUGUAACAUACUGUUAUAGGUUAGUACAUUCAGCUGUUUAACAUUAUGCAUGGUUUUUAUCAAGUGCAGACUAGGCAACUUCCUGCACCUCUUUUAUGCUUCCUUAAGGCUCAAAGGACCUACAAACACCUCUUUUAUGAAACCUCAGCAUCAUUCUGGAAUGAGUCUAGUGCCUUUCAAGUACUAAUACAUUUCUGGAGAAAUUUUGAAGAAGACCUACCAUGAAUGCGGUAAUAAAGAGGGUAAUGUUAACUUUUC